AUGCCUUACUCCGCAAACCUUGCACGGGAGAACAGCGCGGCGCUGGACUACUUCAUCCAGCAGCCCGUCUCCCAGGACAUGAUUUCAUACCUUGCACAAAAAGCCACCCAAGUCAUCAGGUGUGAACCUUCGCUUGACAAGAGCUUGCCUCCUACACCACCUGCGUCCCUACCUCACCAGGUCAGGGAGCCCUUCCUCCCAUCUGUCGAAGAGUUCAUUACAUCCCUCGUCGAGCGCUCCCACGUCCAGGUCCCUACUCUCAUGACCAGCUUGGUCUACCUCUCCCGUCUCCGGUCUCGCCUUCCUCCCGUCGCCAAGGGCAUGAAGUGCACUACCCACCGCAUCUUCCUCGCCUCCCUUAUCCUUGCCGCCAAGAACCUCAAUGACUCUUCGCCCAAGAACAAGCACUGGGCUCGCUACAGCGCUGUUCGCGGAUACGACAACUUCGGCUUUUCCAUCACCGAGGUCAACCUCAUGGAGAAGCAGCUGCUCUUCCUUCUCGACUGGGACCUCCGCAUCAACCCUGAGGAUCUUUACUACCACCUUGAGCCCUUCCUCGCACCCAUCCGUGUGUGGCAAGCACGCCAGGCUGAGAAAGCCAGGCUCAUCGAGCAGGAGAAGGAGUACGCUCGCCAGCAGCAGUACCAGCUCACCGCCGAGAACCUCACCUCCUAUGAGUACGCUUCGUAUGCUCCUCGCCAGCAGAAGUACGCCUGCCACUCUUCCUCCCGCGCAGCAUCGCGCACUCCUUCUCUCUCGCCACCCACUCGCAGCUCCUCUGUCUCCACGACAUCCUCGCCCUCCAGCUUCCACGAAGAGCCCGCUGAGGCCAUCAUGCACAGCUACGAUCAAGGCGCAACCAUUGUACAUAUCAACGCGCCUGUCUCUCAACCUAGGCUGCAGCAUUCGCUGCCCCUCUACGAGGACAAGCCGGCGAAGAAGGCGAAGACGUCCGGCGGCUUCUUCAACAGGAUGUUCGCUGGCGCGUACGCAAGUCGUCAGGCAGCCUACUAA